GUGACGAGAGACUGCCGAACUCCACCAGAGGAGCCCAGACUUCGCUCGCAUCUCUUCUCUCUCUCAUUCUUCGAAGUCAUUCUUUAUUAUUCUUCUCACCUCCCAUCCCCUUCUUCUUCGGCAUCGUGAUUAACUCAGAUGAAUACGUCGCAGUAUAUGGACAAGCAGAUUAUGGAUUUGACCUCAUCCCCCCAACCCCAAGGCUUAUCAUCAUCCCCCACCCACCACUCCACCGGCGGCGGCAAGGACUUCAUCGAUCUGAUGAAUCAUCAUCCGCGGGACGGCGGCGACGACGAUCAGCACGCCAAUUACGCUGGGAACGGUACCAGGAAGGAGGAUGUCAUGGUUCCCAGCUACGAUUUCCACCCGAUUCGCCCCGUUGCUGGAGGAUUGGGAGGAGGAGGAGGAGAUUCCACUGCUGGUGCUAGGGCUUGGAGUUCAGUCGACGGCAACUCCAGUUCCGUCAAUUUCGCCGUGGCCGAUUCUCCUGUCCGGCACUAUGGGUCGCUUGAUUCGAUGGAACCAUCCAAAGAUGACUUGGAGAAGGAACAAACCGUUUCUGAUUCAGCGAUACUAUCUGAGAUAGACAGAACUAUGAAGAGACACACAGAUAACAUGCUGAUCAUUUUAGAAGGUGUUAGUUCCAGACUGAUCCAGUUGGAGAGCAGAACUCGCAACCUCGAGAGUUCUGUUGACGAUUUGAAGGUUUCUGUGGGGAACAAUCACGGAAGCACUGAUGGGAAGAUGAGACAGCUGGAGAAUAUCCUCCGGGAGGUACAAACUGGAGUACGGGAUGUGAAGGAUAAGCAAGAACUACUUGAGUCACAGCUUCACCUUCAAAACCUUCACGUCUCUAAUGUCAAGCAGCAUCAACAAGAGUCACAAAACACCGGCCAGGCUGCAACUGCUGUGCAGCAACAAGCACCAUCUGCCUCUGCCCCACCGCAAUCCCAUCAUCAACAUGCGCCUCCUCAAUUAACAAGCUUCCCACAAUCACUCCCUUCUGUGCCCGGUCCACCUCCUCCAACCGUCCCUCUCCCUCAGCCGCAAAGUCUGCCCCCUGUCACUCCACUUCCAAACCAAUUCACACCCCCUCCUUCAGUCCCUCAACGAGAUCCAUACUACGUGCCUGCUGGCCAUGCUCACGAACCACCUCCGAACCCACAGUACCAGGUGCCCCCACCACAGCAACCAUCUCCUGUUGCCGCUGCUCCCCCUCCUCAUCAACUAUAUCAGUCAGCUCCGCCACAAUACCCGCAGCAACAACCCCAGAUGCCACAGCAACCUCAACAGCCAGCUGGCCACCACUCUGACGAGGCCUCUUAUCUCGCCACUCAAAGCUAUCCACCACGACAAGCUCCAUCUCAGCUACCUGGUGGUGGUCCCUUCCCACCCCAGCAGUACUACGGCACUCCUCCUCCCUCUACCGGGUACAAUCCUCCUCAAUCCGGAUCCAUGGAAAUGUACCCUUACAGUGGAGGCGGCAGCACGAUGGUGAAACCGCUGCAACUCCAAUCUGUCUCUAUGCCUCCUCAUGGUGGUGGUGGGACUGGGUACCCUCAACUUCCGACUGCCCGUGUGCUGCCACAGGGUUCGCCCUCUAGGUCAGCAGCUGGUGGGGCUGGAUCAGGUUCAGGCUCUGGAAACAGGGUUCCGAUUGAUGACGUGAUUGACAAGGUGUCGACCAUGGGGUUCCCGAGGGAUCAUGUUCGUGAGGCUGUUCGGAAACUCACCGAGAACGGGCAGUCGGUCGACCUGAACAUCGUCCUGGAUAAGCUGAUGAACGACUCGGAUUUCCAGCCGCCUAGAGGGUGGUUCGGCCGGUAGCUUGCCUAAUUGCCUUUUUGAUUUGCAUGUAUAGAACUAUCGUCUGUUUCCUGCCAGAAGAGUGCAACGGCGAUUUGGUUUGUCUUCCAGUUUCGCCUUCCUCAUAGACGAUGUUAAUCCUUUGUUCGAGAGUCUUGUCAUCCAUGUUUGUCUUGUCUAUAACUUCGAGCAGCUGCUGUUUCAUUUGUCCAUAAAAUUCAUCACAUACUUUUUUCUCCAUUCAUGACAAUGUGUCGGUUUCUACUUUCUAUGAGAUGCUUUUCUUGUAGCCUGCAAUCUUCAUCACUUUGAGUUGUGAGAUAUGCGAGAACUGCUUGUCUAUCUGAGAUGUUGAGUGAUGGUUCAGACAAGAUCUACUUUUGAAAGACAAAAGAUUGCUUUUCAAGCUUUUGCUUCGUACAUGUUCCUUUUGCAAACCUUUGG